GUUCAUUGCUUUUCUACGCGUAAACAUCCGGGAUGGACACGUAUAAAACGAUGUUCACAAUUCAUAAACAAUAUUGGUUAAACAACAAGCAGAAACUUCGGAAGGAAUACUAUGAAGACUGGAACAUGUGUAUUGGUGUUGGUGACGCUCGCUUUGGUGACCUUGACAGAAGGGCGUCGUAAACCACCGAACAAAGGUAAAUGUGGAAAAGACAGAUGCAGGCCGAUGAGGUGGUGCAGAGGUGCAUAUGUACCAAGCGGACAAUGUUGCCCCGUGUGCCCAUCAGAUAAAUGUAGAUUUGUACGUUGUAAGCCAGUUAAGUGCAAAAAUGCGUACAUUCCACCUGACCAAUGCUGUUCAGUCUGCCCUAAAGACCCGCCGUGUGAUAAAAGUUUCAAAACACCGUGGUAUGAAGAGUACAAAUCAUCCAGAAUCCCAGCGAACCGAACGCUGGUCGGCGACUGUACCUAUGACGUAGGAACCUGCCCCGCCGGGACAUGUCGAUACACCAUAUAUCGCCCUAAAACCUGCCCCGAUGAUGGAAUCAUAUGUCCCGUCGAGGAAAUUCGCAGCGUUGACUGCGGGAUGUUUGGGAAUAAAGAGGUAUCCUACGUCACCGGCUGUGCAUGCUGCAAAGAUAACGGUAUAACAGUUGUCGGAACUGUGAAGGACUUCUCGACUAUGGCACCACUUUCUGGCAUGUCCGUCAGUAUCGAUAUGAAUGGGACAGGUGUCUCCGACGGCACGGGUUUGUUUAAGGCCUCAAUACCAGCCGCAACACAGGUCGUGAUACAAGUGACAGACCCAUCGGGAAAGUACAUAGCGGCUGUUAAAGUGAGUGAUCUUCCUGCGACAUACAGAGGUACACUAUACGUAGAAAUCAAAAUGAUCAAAGCGGCUGCCCCGGUAACUGUUAACCCAAGUGUGGACAACACACUUUCAAUUUCGGCUGACCCUCAAAAUUUAGAUCAGGGUGUUGCUCAGCUUUUUAUCUCAGCCAACUCUAUCACCGAUAUGGCAGGAAAUCUCUACAGCCAGUCAGUACAAAUAAGUAUUACGGCACCUAGUGUCAAUGACUCGUUAACUGAUGAAAUCGGUCAGUUUCUUACCAUUGAUGGGGCACCUCUACUCUCGGAUGGUAUUCUCAACGUCAAUCUAAGAACAGAAUCAGGUGAUCCAUUGACCAGUCAAGUCGUGUUCACCGUACGACAGGGAAUGGCUCUUUGGCUACUAGAUGAAGCUACAGGACAAUGGAUAUUAGCUCCAACAAUAAAUGUUAAUCGUCGAAAACGACAGAUAAGUCUGACUGAUGAUUUGCUGACACAGAUCAACACUGGAAACUGGUAUAACAUUGACAAGAUCCCGGGAGUACCCAGUUGCUACUUUAAAGCGAAAGUCUUUUACGUGAACCCAGCUGAUGCUUCCAAUCCAGCCACAUUCACUCCAGGGGUCGUUGCAUAUACGCCAAACAACGAACGACUGAGACUCUAUUUCCCAUACACCAGCGAUCUUAAUAACACGUGCUUUGAGGUUCGAUGCAUUGACUUUAAUCCAGCUAAUCCAAAUAAUGUCCUUGCCGGGCUCAUUAAUCUAACAUCAUCGGAAACAGUUUCGAUUGGUGGGAUCAUUAUUCCAGUAACAACGAACUUAAAACCAAAACAACUGUCGCAGUACUCCCCAGCGAUAGCAGCGGCGCAUACUGCUAUAAAUUACAAAGUCUUACCUAACGAAAAAGAUAUCUUUAUCAAUUUUAUUUCCAAUUCAAAUGGUGGAUUUUACAAAGACUUAUCAACCUGCCAGAACUCGAAUAUCAACCAGCCAGCGUUCCAUUUCAUCAAGCCCAGCCUCCCUGCAUAUGAGCCCAUACCAGAUGGCACAAAUAUUUGUACUGCACGAAUACAUUUCACUGCCGGGUACAAUUUUUUUUCGUCCACAAUUGAUGACCUUCCGAACAUGCCUGCCAUCACAGCAACAAGUGUAUGGUCCACGGCGGGGUCUAAGUACUACUUCACCUACUCCACUACGAUCCAGAAGGCCAAUGACGGCUUGCAAGAUUUCUACUACGCCUGUAUUCAGUACCGAUGUAGCAAAGUUUCGGAGAACACGGACGUCCUUUUGAAUAUCGAUAUUCCAACAAUUGAAUAUUUUAACAACGUCACAAACAAAUUGACGGAAAAACCGGCGUUCCGUUGCUCUGGACGCUGCGGCGGAAAUCUGUGCGACGAUAAUGGGCGUGUUUACCAGUCAGGCAUUGAAGGCGCUUUCACUGCUCCGGAACUCGUGGGUGGACAAAACGGCCCUGACUAUUAUGUUGAAACUAUUCUGACGGAUUGUUCCACUAGGAACUCAACUGAAGCGUUUGCCUACUCUUUUUACUGCUAUCGCAGAGGUGAAGGUGGAGAUAAUAUUGAAAUAUUUAAUGAAUAUUGAACAUUGAAACAUUUGUUUACUCAUUCUGCUGCUAGUUUUCCUUUCGCUGAGGUGGAGAGGACUUUUACACUUUACCUUUCAUUGCAUCGAAUUAUUCUAACAACAGACCACGAUCACCAUUUGUGAUAUUGGGUUUAGGGAACGGGAUCACAUACACAAACUGUUGGAUGUCUUUAUUAUAACAGUACAUUAUACACAUUUUGGUAAAACGUAUGCAUAUAGUAUAUUCAAUCGUUACAUUACAAAAAUUGUUAUUAUCCUUCGUUUCUGACACGUUCUAAAUACCGUAUCUUCAAUUAUUUUUCCAAUGUCAAAGAUUUUUUUUAAAUUUCAUUUAGGCUAGCUUAUUUUAUUUAUUUUGGUCUUUUUUUAAUUUCUCAGUCAUUUUUAACAAACAAACAAGAGACAACGUAAAUAAAACGAAGUUAAGGAGACAUUCUUGUAUUUAAGUUUACUAAAUAAACCAAAUAUAGAUCAUUUUAA